UAGAUGUACCUUCAAAAAUAUGGUUAUAUGAAUGAAUCCAGUUCUAAUUCUGCCUCCCUUGUAAGUGAAGAAGCUGUCUCUUUGGCUAUUAAAGAUUUUCAGAGGUUCGCUGGCCUCGUGGAAACAGGAAAGCUUGACAACACGACCCUGACGAUGAUGAACUUACCCCGAUGUGGGGUUCGAGACAAGGUAGGCCACAGUGGUUCUGCACGCAAGAAGCGGUAUGCUUUGCAAGGAAGCAAGUGGCGCGUAACUGACUUGACGUAUCGAAUCAGCAAGUAUCCUCGCAGGCUCAAGGAUCGUCAAAAAGUGGACAAAGAGAUCGCCAAAGCAUUCAAGGUGUGGAGCGAUGUAACUAACCUGAAAUUCAUCCAUAAUGACAAAGGUCGAGUUCAUAUCGACGUUCGAUUCGAGGAAGGUGAACACGGCGAUGGGGAGAGGUUUGAUGGACCUGGUCGAACUCUGGCCCACGCAUUCUUUCCGCAAUAUGGAGGUGACGCCCACUUCGAUGACGAAGAAAAAUGGACCAUCAACCAAUAUUACGGAACGAAUCUAUUCCAAGUAGCUGCCCAUGAAUUCGGUCAUUCUUUAGGUUUGUCUCACUCAGACGUAAAGUCAUCUCUGAUGGCUCCUUUUUACAGAGGUUACGAACCUUCUUUUACACUGGAUGAAGAUGAUAUUCUGGGCAUUCAAGCUUUAUAUGGUCGACCUAGGAAAGAAUCUCCAUCUCCAACCCCCGGAUAUAAGCCGAGAUUGACACCUGACAUUAGUGGAUCACCAGAUUUAUGCCAAGAUCCUUCAUUUGAUGCCGCAACUAAAACUGAAGAUGGAAGGACCUAUGUUUUCAAAGGUGAUUAUUACUGGGAAAUACUUCAGACAGGAAUUGCUGACGGAUAUCCCCGAAAAAUAUCUGAAGACUGGUCUGGUUUACCGGGCAAUUUGGAUGCUGCUUUAACGUGGACAAAUGGCAAAACAUUCUUUUUUAAGAAAAAUCAGUAUUGGAGGUUCCGAAACAAGAAAAUGGAUUCGGGAUAUCCGAAAGAAAUAUCAGUUGGGUUCGAAGGCAUACCGAAUGACAUUGAUGCGGCUUUCGUCUGGAGCGGGAAUGGCAAGACCUACUUUUUCAAAGGUAGUAACUACUGGCGGUUUGAUAGUCGAAGUGAGCCGCCGGUCAGUUCACGAUACCCUCAGUCAAUUAGCAACUGGGAAGGUCUGCCCAACAAUAUUGAUGCCGCCUUGCAAUGGGUAAAUCAGAAAACCUAUUUCUUCAAAGGAAAAGUGUACUACCGAUUCAACGACAGAACUUUCUCGGUUGACAAUGCAGAUCCACCUUAUCCUCGAUCAACCUCUGUAUGGUGGUUCGAUUGUCAGUCACAGUCUGCGAGUAACGAAGAUCUGAGCAAAGCAUCUCUCAAAUCUGGGGACACAAAGCCUAUCUAUGUCGGUGGAGAUUCAGAAACAGGUAUGGCGUCCUCCACUGUCAGUCCAACAGAAGGUGAAUAUGUUGAUGAAGACCUCGUAGAUGGAUCGGAGAAGCUAGAUGUUGUACUUCAGCAGAAUGGUGUUGAAGGAACGACCAUUCCACGUCAAGAAGCACUGGAUGGUACUUCGGGUAGCUUGCCAUCUGUUACUGGUGUGCCUGCAUCUGUUUUGAUUCUGCUUGUUGUCCGGGAAGUUAUGAGAAGGCUAUUUUUAUGACUUUGACAGACCAGUGAAACAGUAUUUCUUGGAAUUCUUUAGUUUCAAGCUGGAUAACUGCGAUUUUAUUUUCCUAAAUAAUUUUCUGGUGCCAAGAGAAAAGAGAAAUUUUUCGGAAGUUGCUUUAUACCUCAUCUCUUUCACUCGGGGACAGUUGCUGGUUUCUGUGAUGCCUGGUGGCAAAAACUGAUGAAAUGGUUUUUAAUCUCCCGAAAGAUGCUGCUCUAUUCUCGAGAAAUGGAAUGAAAAGCUGGUAGAAAGGUACUUUAUUCAAUGCUUAGGCAUCAAAUGCUACAUUGAGAAUGAAAAUAAAAUUCGAAAUUCCAAAAGAGCUUGAAUAUGCUAGGCCAGUUAAAUCUGAAGAGAACAAGUGUUUAUGAAGUUGUUAGGAUUUAUUUGUUGUAGAAAGAAAUUAUCUUAAAAUGUUAAUUUUUAAUUGCGCUAAAUAGUAUUCUGAUAGCCAUCUAAUGUUUGCUGAGUUUCUGCGCGGGGUUUAUAAAGCAUACUUACUUUACACAAAUUCUGAUAGUGCCAACUUUAUUUUUAUAUCAGUUUACACUUGUGAAAUGUAAAUUAUGUGAGCAGUAUUAUAAAUUAGCUUUCUGACAUGUAUUUUUUCUGACUAUGAUUUGAAAAGGAAAUAAUGUAAUAUAGUUGGUUAGCAUGGAGUAUAAACUUAAAUUUGAUUAGUACAUGUCAAUAGAAAAAGGCAGGUAAUGGAUAUAAAGUGUGGCCUAUAUUUUGUUUCCUUUAUUCAUUGAUCUAAUGUUAAUUAGAUCAUUUUAAAUUAAUUUAUCAUUGCAUUGCUGAAGUAAAUAGAUCGAUUGUGCUGGAAAUAAGUAUUGUAAAGAGACAGAGUUUUUAAUAAGUAAAUUCCAAAAUUUACUAACGCCAUUAAUUAACUACAAAGGCUUCACAUAUUUAGUCAAGGAUCAGAAGGCAUUAUUCCACGUUUUUGCUUUUUCCUUUCAUAUAGUUACUAACAUCAAAAUAAACAAUAUAUGAAUAAUAAUUGAUAUCAGAAUGUGUAUUUAUUAAUUCGGUAUAUAUCUGAGAAAUUCUUCGGUAGUAAAAUUAUAUAAAAAAAUUUGGAAUACGUUAGAGUUACGGUUAUUUUUCAACUACAUACAAACAUAGCAAAAUCUCAACUAAACUGUAUAGUAGCAUAAUGAAAAAUCUUCAAAAAUUAUUUCGCAAAAACAGUUACUCAUACAUAAAAAUAAGUAUACAUUCGUACCUGUUUAUAAUUACAUUGUGUUAAUCAUUUCUGCUUGAAAUGGUAUUUAAAUUAACUGAAUUCAUAAAUUCAAUUCAUUCAUAAACAUAAUGAAUUCAUAAACAUAAUGAAAAAUCUUCUGAAAUUAUUUCGUAAACUAUUCAGACAUAAAAAUAAUUAUACAUUAAUAGUUUUCAAAACUGCGUUCUGCAAAUUUUUAUUUGAAGUGGAAUAUUUUUUUAAUUUUAAUGAAAUCUAUUAUUACGAUCCAAAAGUUAAAAUUAUCAUUACGAUGGUUAUUUCUUUUUUCAGCUAGAGUAGUGUUAUUUUUUUGUAUUUCUCAAUUCUUCUUUUUAGCUUUGAACCAGCAGAUGAGCAAGUGUGUAUUGAGCAAAGCUUUCCAAAUCCAGUUUUUCAUCUAUUUUUAAUCAGUCACACUAACUUAGGUAUAAUGUCAUUUAGAUGCUUUGAUUCCGUUCUUUUUUUCAGAAUUUAUGCAAUUAUAUAAAGCUUUUGAAAUUAAUAUAUUGCAUAAUUUUUCCGAUUCCUUUUUUACCCCAACAAAAGAGGGAAAGAGAUGAAACAUGAGCCUUUUAUGGAAGAAAUAUUAGCAAUUCAUAUCUUUCGUGUGCUUCCUUCUCUUUUUUUUUUUUUAUAAAUGCUGUUGAAAUCUGAAAUAUCUGCUGUGAUUAAAAAUUGAGAUUUUUCGACUAUCAGAUUUUCUCCAUUAAAGAAGAACGAAAUUUGAACUAUAAUAUAUUUUUAUAUGCAGUUUAUGAGAAGAUCGCUUUCAAAAUAUUUUUUCUUGCUGAUAUUUCUUGAACAUAACACUAAAACUUAUAUUUGAAUAAAUAGUUCAUUUGGUAAUUUCAUUUGCUUCUUCAAAGAUACUUUUUUCUAUUAAAGAAAUAACGUUUGAAAUUUCAUUUAAUUAAUUUCUAAUUUAAAUAUUUCAUCUAUGACUACCCCUAUCUGAAUCUUUCCUUUUUUCAACAUUUUAUCUUUUCUAUCUGAAAUCAAAAUAAAUUUCGAUACGACAAUAGCAAAUACUAAACGUUUUAAUGGUGUAAUAUUGUGAUUUUUUUUUAUUUUUGGACUUUCAGUACAAUAUAUGUUUUGUUUCUUGGUUUAGUAGACCAGUGUGAAGCAGCGUAUUUUUCUUUCAUUUGCUGUGAUAUAAUUAAUUUUUAGACUGUAUAAAUGAAUCCCUUGCUUUUAACCUUUGUAGCCAUUGAAGAUACUCCUUCUUAGUGUAUUGUCUACAAUAAUUUUUCAAUUAAUGUUUAGAAUUAAAAUUAUGCAGCCUAAAAUUGAUAAAUCUGUAUUCAAUUGAUCUGUAUCUAUAUUAUGAAUGAAAAGAGACUGCAUAUGAAGAAAUGGAAGGAAAAGUAUAAAUGUAGAAGAACGUACAUGAGAUGAUAAAGUCGCGAGAUCUAAUGGACUCUUCCCGUAAAAAUUCCUGCUGGCCAGGUCAGGCUGAUUGUCUGAAACCAAGAUAAAAAGGACUCAUUAGAAUCUUCAGCCUGUUUCUUAAGUUCAUGAUUUUUGUUUCAUUGCUUAAAUUUGUCAUAACUAAGUCAUUUUGUUACAUAAACAUUGCAUAAAUACUACACAUACUUGUACCAAUUUGUUUUUGUGAUGACUCUCAACUAACUGAGAAGUUAGUUGAGAGUAUAACUGAGAAGUAUGUCCAGGCUUAUUAAGAGUGCAUUGUUUAUAUUUGUAUCUUUUUCUUAUAGCUUGAAUUUUCUUUUAUUUAAGUGACACUGUAAUAUUAACUUUUGUAUGCAGUUAAGUGGAAACUUAAAAUGCAUAAGUAAUGUUUCCUACAAGUUCUGUGCUCUGGUAACAUAGAACUUUGUAUUUAUAAAGAUUAAUUUUCCAUUUUGAUGAAUGGCAUUGUUAUAUACACCAUAUACUGUCAGCUGUAUAUAUAUAACUUAUUGUUGCAUUGAACCUCUUUCUUGUUACAUGACAGUCAUAAUAUUUCCAAUAAAGAUCUGAAAUGCA